AUGUCACUUGUUCUAAGUAAAAAAGAAUGUGAUAAGGAGGACAAGUUUGAAGACGCCUAUGAAAUUAUUCCAGUGGCAACAACAAUGGAUGUAGUGUCUUCCCUGGAAGAAUGCACAACUGGAUUAUACUUAUUUCUAAAUAACAGAUUCUCAGAUGCCAUCGAUCUCAUUCAUCCAUGGUCUAAUAACAGCAUAUACCAUGCCCUAAUUUAUGGUAUCCUUAUGGCUGUCAAGGCCAUCCUAACUUUUGAUCCACAAGAUAUAGAGAUUGGAAUGGCUGCUGCAAAGGAAGCUUUGAAAACCUGCAACCGUUUCCGAAGAAAAGGUAGGAUAACAACUUUAUCUCGCAUAAUGAGAAAACAGGGAAUUAAGGCUGUCGAAGAAGAGGAGUUGCAUGCAGAACUCUGCUAUGCUGAGUGUUUGAUCCUGAAAUCCUCUGUAUCAUUUAUACAGGAUGACACUAUGUUUGGCUUUCUUAAAAGUGGGAUCAACAUCGGGUUAAGUUACCAAAUAUACAAAGACUGUCAACAAGUAUUACAGACACCUAACCGCCAAAGCAAAGCCCACAAACAUCUGGUUGGAGGAAUAAAAUUUGGACUUGGAGCAUUCAAUUUGAUGUUAUCACUUAUGCCACCUAAGUCACUUAAACUACUCAGUGUGGUUGGAUUUGCUGGUGAUAGAGAGGUAGGCCUGGCUUUGCUUCAUGAGAGUGCAUCUGAAUCCCAUAUAAAUAAUAUCUUAAGUGUUUUUACUCUACUCUUUUAUUACAAUUAUAUCUAUGUAGCUUUUGGUAUUGAAAAGGGUUACAAUUCUGCUAUAGAGGGUCUCUUCAUAAUCUACCUCCAGAAAUUUCCAAACUGUGUCAUACUCACAUUUUUUCAUGCACGUUUUAAUAUGCUGAAAGGAUGUUUUGAACUUGCACAGUUAAAAUUACAGAACUGUAUUUUUGUUCAGAAUGAAUGGAAGCAGGUGCAUCACCUCUGUUACUGGGAACUCAUGUGGUGCCACAUUUUUCUGCAAGAGUGGAAGCAGGUUUACCACUAUGCUGAUCUACUGUCUCAACACAGCAGGUGGUCCAAGGCAAUAUAUACAUACAGUAAAGCUAUGAUAUUGGCCUUGCUUCCUUCUGAUUUUGUGAAAUCAGUGAGUGAGGACAUGAUCUCUCUCUUCUUAAAAGUGGAUAGCCUGAGAAUAAAGAUUUUGGGAACUUCUGUGCCGAUAGAAAAGUUUAUUGCAGAGAAGAGUAAGCGCUAUGCCACUACCUCCGACUGGUUUACAGCACAGCCCAUUCUGGAAUUCAUUUAUGCCUGGAGUGGUUUCCGAGUCAUGAGCAAAAGACUAGACCUUAUUUCAAGCUGGCUAUCAAUUAUUGAAAAAGGACAAGUGCUUUUACAAGAAAAUCCAAAUAAAGAGUAUGCCAUGGAUGACACAAGUUUGUUAAAUUUACUGAAAGGUAUAUGCUUGAAACACUUAGGCAAAUAUAAGAGGGCCGAGAUCUACUUUAAUUUUGUCAUUGAAAAGGAGAAAGUGUUAAAAUAUGAUCAUUAUCUGGUGCCAUAUACUUACUAUGAACUGGGAAUUCUGCACUAUCUAAAAGGAGAUCGUGCCAGGGCAAUAAAAAACCUAGACAACAUCAAAAACUACAAAGACUAUGCCAUGGAAGCCCGGUUACAUUUUAGGGCUCAUAUAGCCCUGGAACAAAUAGCUAAAGAAAAGUGA